AUGCAUGCACGGGUGAGAAGAGGAGCCAGGUCCACCCAAGUGACCUGCGUGGAGCAGCGGAUGCAGCUGACAUUCCAGCUACAGGAGUCAUGGCUGCGCCCUGUGCUGCGAAGCAACCGGGUUGAAUACUGUCGAUGCACCAGCAGCGGACCUCAGUGCCAUUCGGUGCCUGUCAGAAGCUGCAGUGAACCUCGCUGUCUCAACGGGGGCACCUGCUGGCAGGCGCAGUACUUCUCAGACUUUGUCUGCCAAUGCCCUGAAGGGUUUGUCGGGAAGCGUUGCGAUAUAGAUACCAGGACCAAGUGCUACAGGGACAAGGGCAUCGGCUACAGGGGCACCUGGAGCACCUCGGAGAGCGGGGCUGAGUGUAUCAACUGGAGCAGCAAGUGGCUGGCCAUGAAACCCUACAACGGGCGGAGACCCAAUGCCCUGCAACUGGGCCUGGGGAACCACAACUACUGCAGAAACCCAGACAAAGACGUGAAGCCCUGGUGCUAUGUCUUCAAGACAGGGAAAUACGCCCCAGAAUUCUGCAGCGUGCCCAUCUGCCCCAAGGGGAAAGACGGGGAGUGCUAUUCCGGGAAGGGGCAGGCGUACCGUGGCACCCACAGUCAGACCUUGUCGGGCACCAGUUGCCUCCAAUGGGAUUCCAUGCUCCUCAGGAACAAGCAGUACACGGCCUGGCACAGGAACGCAGAGGCUCUAGGCCUGGGCCGGCACAACUACUGCAGGAACCCAAAUGGGGCCGCCAAACCCUGGUGCCAUGUGUGGAAGAAUCGCAGGCCAAUGCGGGAAUUCUGCGAUGUACCCCAGUGUGCCACCUGUGGCCUGAGGCAGGACAAGCAGCCACAGCCCCGCAUCAAGGGGGGACUGUACGCCGACAUCACGGCGCACCCCUGGCAGGCUGCCAUCUUCACCAACCACCGGAGGUCACCAGGGGAGCGGUUCCUGUGCGGGGGCAUCCUGAUCAGCUCCUGCUGGGUGCUGUCGGCGGCCCACUGCUUCCAGGACAGCUUCCCACAGCAGCGGCUUAAGGUGGUCUUGGGCAGAACGUACACCUUGGCGCCUGCCCCGCAAGAACAGAAGUUUGAGGUGGAGAAGUACACGGUGCACAAGGAAUUUGAUGAUAAUACUUUCGACAACGACAUCGCGCUGCUAAAGCUGAAAUCGGCCUCGUCGUCCUGUGCUCAGGAAAGCCUCUACGUGCGCCCCGUCUGCCUCCCCGAAGCCAGCCUGCAGCUGCCCGACUGGACCGAAUGUGAGCUGUCAGGCUACGGCAAGCACGAGGAGUCAUCUCUGUACUACUCCGAGCAGCUGAAGGAGGCACAUGUGCGGCUGUACCCCGCCAGCCGCUGCACCCCCCAGUAUCUGAGGAAUAGGACUGUCACGGCCAACAUGCUGUGUGCUGGAGACACCCGGACUGGAGGCAACGAGGUCAACCUGCAUGAUGCCUGCAAAGGUGACUCAGGAGGCCCCCUGGUGUGCAUGAAGGACGGACGCAUGAUCUUGCUGGGCAUCAUCAGCUGGGGAGAAGGAUGUGGGGAGAAGGACCUGCCGGGUGUCUACACCAAGGUUACCAAUUACCUGAACUGGAUUCAGCAACACAUGAAGCCCUGAGUGGGCGACACAGCCCCCUCAUCCUCUUCCCAAGACCAAGAGGCACAUCAAGGCACAGGGCAGCUGUCGGGGAGAGUCCACAAGGGAGGGACUAGUGAGCAUGUCCCCAGGUGGAUGAAAGGUUGAUAAAUUAGGCCGCUCCUCCCUGCAUAUCCUCCUGAGAGAUCAGCUCAUCCUGGGUAGUCUGCAACUACUGGGUCCUUCCAGCAGGAGGCGGUGCAGCAGCUGGAGGAAUAGAAAGUACAAUUGCAAUCCCCAGAGCCAACUUCUGUGGCUGGGGACAACUCGGGCUGGCCCGAGGGGCCACGUUGGGCCAAUCCACCCUUCAGAUCCGGUAUCCCGCCCAUCCCCCUCUGUUACAUUU